AGCUGGGCACACUUGAAUAGUCUGGCAACGCCGCCAGCAUGUUUUGCUCAGCUAUACGUAAGAUUCUGAAAAAUUCACAAAAUGCGGCCAAAUACUCUGCACUCACGCUGCAGUUACGGAAUUUGCGAGGACAACGCACCAACCAAAGCGAGGUGGAAGUGUUCAGGUCAGCGGAUGUAACCACUAAACAGAAUGACAAGGAAACGGAGGCGGCUACCCGGGAAAGCUCCUCCAAAGAAGUGGCUCUGGACUUUGGGAAACGGGAGGCCCAUGUGCCCUCCUUUAAUUUGGCGGCAUAUGUGAAUAACUCCAACACCCUGCAACAGUUCAUUAGCUUGGGAGUGGAUCUGCACAGCAUAGAAAGACGGAAGGGAUUAGGGGAGUUUGUACUCCGGCUGGAUUUCGAGAAGAAUGUGAAGCCCUACAUAACCUUCCUGGUGGAUCAGGGAAUUUCACCCGAUGAAUUUGGCCGGAUGUUUACCAAGAACCCUCUGCUGUUUAAGGAAGAUCUGGAUGAUCUGCAGACCCGUGUGGAGUACCUGAAAAGCAAAAGGUUCUCCGAUGAGGCGAGGCAAAGGAUCCUCACUCACAAUCCUUAUUGGCUGAUGUUUUCGACUAAGCGAGUCGAUCGUCGAUUGGGUUACUUCCAAAAGGAGUUCCGAUUGAGUGGCCAUGAUCUUCGCCUGCUGGCCACCAGGGAACCUAAUGUCAUUACCUACAACAUGGAGCACCUGCGGAAGUCCGCUUUUACCCUCAAGGAGGAAAUGGGAUUCAAUGCCAAGGAGCUAAGUGCCCUGUUGGUUCGCAAACCCCGAUUAAUGAUGACUCCUCCCGAUGAUCUUAUCGAGCGAUUCAGCUAUAUACACCAGGAUAUGGGCCUUUCCCAUGCCCAGAUUGUCCAGCACCCGGAGCUGCUGGCAUCGCGGGAGUUUAGACUGCGUGAACGUCAUGAGUUCCUCAAAUUACUGGGUCGAGCUCAGUACGAUCCUCAGAAAGAUCUGUAUAUUUCACCCAAGACAAUCGUUGAAGGAAACAACUUUUAUUUCGUGCGAAAUGUGGCCAAAAGUGAUUUGGAAACGUUCGAUUUAUUUUUGAAAACGAGAUGAGAAUAAAUAGGAAGUCUUUGAAUAGUUGAAAAA